GAGAAUUAAUUAAUUAACUAAUUAGUUAACUGUGUUUAUGUUUACAGGGGGUUGGAAAGGGAUUUAGUUUUUGUGUUGAUUAUUUGUGUGGCGGAGCGGUUCCUAUAUAAGGGAGGAAUUGCACGCAAACAAACAUAGUCUUACGUGGUGACGACGAUGACCGGACAAUCUAGGAAGUGGAUGGUCCUGGUGGCGACCAUCUGGAUUCAGGCCUUCACCGGCACAAACUUCGACUUCUCCGACUACUCCUCUUCCCUCAAAUCCCUUCUCAACAUCUCUCAGAUCAAACUCAACUACCUCGCCACCGCCAACGACAUGGGCAAGGUCUUCGGCUGGUCCUCCGGCCUCGCCCUCACUCGUCUCCCGCUCUCCGUCGUCAUCUUCAUCGCCUCCGCCAUGGGACUCCUCGGCUACGGCCUACAGUGGCUCGCCAUCAAAAAUCUCAUCUCCUUGCCUUAUUACCUGUUCUUUCUUCUGAGUUUGUUGAGUGGCUGUAGCAUCUGUUGGUUCAACACAGUGUGCUUUGUUCUCUGCAUUAGGAAUUUUCCAGUGAACAGACCCCUUGCAUUGUCACUCACAGUGAGUUUCAAUGGUUUGAGUGCUGCACUCUACACACUUGCGGCCAAUUCAAUAGACCCUUCAUCUGAUUCACUCUACCUUCUCUUGAACGCCCUUGUGCCUCUUCUCACUUCCCUUGCAGCACUAAUCCCAAUUCUUCUUCAACCUCCUUUAGACUCUCUCUCUAGAUCUGCAGAUGCUGCUCGCAGAAACUCAGUGAUAUUUCUAGUACUAAACUUUCUCGCCAUUUUCACUGGAAUUUACCUCCUCCUUUUUGCCUCAUCAACUUCUGACGAAGCCACCUCGAGGAUCUACUUUGGUGGGGCCAUUUUUUUCCUCGUAUCCCCACUAUGCAUCCCUGGCACCAUCUAUGCUCGAGGUUGGUUUCACAAUGCCAUCCAUUCCAGCUUUCAGGUGGAAGGCUCUGGCUUCAUUCUUGUUCAUGUUGAUGAUCUUGAGCUUCAUAAAGAACUCCUCUCCCGUCAGAACAGUACUCUCAAUCUCAGCAAUGGAGAUGAUCACGGCCUGUUGGGUGAGAAUGGAUCCGUGCAUGGAGGUCAGAGGGCAAAAACCAGUGACGUGGGCUGUGACAAGGUGCUUGGUCAGGAUCAGUUGGCAAUGCUAGGAGAAGAGCACACCGCUGCAGAGGUAGUACAGAGGGUGGAUUUCUGGCUCUAUUAUAUUGCAUACUUCUGUGGUGGCACAAUUGGUCUUGUCUACAGCAACAAUCUGGGACAGAUAGCUCAAUCUUUAGGCCUGAGUUCAAGUAUAUCUACCCUUGUCACUCUGUACUCAUCAUUUUCUUUCUUUGGUCGCUUGCUUUCAGCUGUACCUGACUACAUUCGAAACAAGUUCUACUUUGCAAGAACCGGAUGGCUAGCCAUUGGGCUUUUCCCAACCCCAGUUGCAUUUACAUUGCUUGCUGUAUCAGACAGUGAAGCUGCACUUAAAGUUAGCACUGCACUGAUUGGUCUGAGUUCCGGUUUCAUCUUCGCAGCAGCAGUGGCAGUUACAUCGGAACUAUUUGGACCCAACAGUGUGAGUGUCAAUCACAACAUUCUCAUAACGAACAUUCCAAUUGGGUCUCUUCUGUAUGGUUUGCUGGCUGCAGCGAUCUACGAUGCCAAUGCUUACUCAGUCACAGGUGAUACACUGGUGUGCAUGGGAAGGAAGUGCUACUUUUGGACAUUUGUGUGGUGGGGAGGAAUGUCUGUCCUAGGACUAGCUUCUAGUGUGCUGUUGUUCUUGAGAACCAAACACGCCUAUGAUCAUUUUGAGAGACAUCGUUCGAGGAUUUCGGUGCAGUAACUUGUGUCUUAGCAUAUUACACCGG